CCAUCGCAAUAGCAACAACUAGGAGACCCCGCCCUUCCUUUUCCUCCUCACGUGACCUCUUGCAGGGGAGGAGAAGGAAGCCCUUGAGCCUUGCUUCCUGUGAAGCCUUCACGCACAAAGGGAGAAGGAGAAGUUUAUAAUGAGAUUGAAAGAAUCACAAGGAUGUAUUCACACAGAAUAAACCAGGAAAAUGCAUUUCCCAGUUCUGGUUGCAAAGGUGUAAAGGAGGUGAAGAAUUAAGAAAUUAAACACAGCAGCCAAGUGGAAGUUCGUUUCAUAGAAUCCUAGAGUUGGAAGAGACUUCGUGGGCCAUCCAGUCCAGCCCCCUGCCAAAAAGCAGGAAAAUCGUAUUCAAAGCACCCCCAACAGAUUACCAUCCAGCCUCUGCUUAAAAGCCUCCAAAGAAGGAGUCUCCACCAUACCGCAGGGCAGAGAGUUCCACUGCUAAACAGCUCUCACAGUCAGGAAGUUCUUCCUCAUGUUCAGGGGGAAUCUCCUUUCCUGUAGUUUGAAGCCAUUGUUUGAAACACUAAUUUCCAGGAACAAACAGAGAAACACAAGAGUACAAGCACAAAAACUUAUGUUAUAUAUUUGCUGUACUUUUCUUUCUCAUGAAAAUACUUUUUAAGAGUGCGGAAGUUUUGGGAUUUCUCCUUGGAUGACAACAGCUGCAACUAGUUCUCCCACGCUCUUGACCUCCCACAUUACACUGAACCAGAGCUUUCAUGGACUUGGGUUUGUGACUUUGCUAGAUGACCUUUGGUGUCCACACAGGUUUGAUUACAACAUGGAAACUAUCCAGCUAUCAAAUUGGACCUCCCGGUGAAAUUUAUUCUUUUAUUUUUAUUUACAGCAUUUAUAUACCACUUUUCUCACCAAACAAAUCGUCUGUCUUAGAUGGUGCCUUUUUGAAGCACCCAUGUUUUCUAUCAUGACAUUUAUGCAGAAGGCUUAUGAUAGUAGUGCAGUACUUUCAAAAAGAGUAUUCUUUUGAAGUAUUUAUUUUUUAUACUUCUACAAAAAACCUAUCAGUGGCAGAAAUUCAGAUAAAUAUUCCACCUGGGAGAAGAGCUUUUUCAUGGAGGUCUCUUCAGAACCUAGUUUCCAUGGGCUCAGGAAGCAGUACCCGUGUCCUGAAUGUGGGAAGAAUUUCAACCGCAGUUCACAUCUCGCCCGCCAUAGGCGGCUGCACACUGGAGAGAAACCCUACAAAUGUCCUGAGUGUGGGAAAAACUUCCGACAAAGCACAGAUGUCACUACACAUCGCAGAAUCCAUACAGGGGAGAGACCCUAUCAAUGUAGCGAAUGCUCAAAAACCUUUCGCUAUAGGACCGGCCUUGUGAAGCAUUUUCGGUGCCACGAGAAAGGGAUACCCGAAAGCUGCCAGAAAUGUGGGGGGAAAGCCAGCUGCAAGUCUGUUUCGAAGGCUCAGUGUGUCAUUGAAGAGCCCUGCAUUUGUGCUGACUGCGGGAAACCUGUGGAGGGCAACAAUCUUCAUGUACAUGUCACUACGGAAGGACCAUACGAAUGCCCUGAAUGCGGGAAAUGCUUCAAUUGCAGCUUUCAACUUAUUCGGCACAGAAGACUGCAAAAUAGAUUUAUUAUUCCUAAUCCCAACAUACUCUACAGCCCAAAUCCUUUGUGCCCUGAUCAUCACAGUUUGGAAGAAACAGCAUGUUCAGGAAGCAUCUGUGCAGAUCACAAAGAGGAGGGGAAUCUGGGCCCUGCAAAAUCGUGCCAGACAUUAUCCAGAAGACUCUAUGGCCUUAAUUCCCAAAGCUCCAGUUGGAAGCAGCCGGGAAUGACUGGAGACGCGGGAGUCAAGGCACCCUUCCACCCGCAGAAAAGGCACGUGUGCUUCGUAUGUGGGAUGGCUUUCCAUUGUGAGCCCUACCUCAUCUCGCACGAACUGACCCACGUGCAAGAGAAGUCCUUUAAGUGUGGCACCUGUCAGAAGAGCUUCCGGGAGAAGGAAGACCUGCAGAACCACCAGAAGAUUCACUCUGAAGAGAAACGCUUCAAAUGUCUUGAUUGUGGCAAAAGUUUUCGCCAACAGGUGACUUUCAUUAAACACCUGCGGCUGCAUCCCAGCAAGACAACUGCCAAGCCGAGCCGUGUGUUUCUUGCGGUCCUACCGCAACUCCAGCUGGGUGCCGAAGGGAGCAUCGGAGAUGUAACUGAGCUUCCGAAAACACUUAGCUGUGAUUUACCACAAAUAGAUACUAAUUGUCUUUGGGCCUUGGAAAUGACAGAAGACGGAAAAUUAUAUUGGGCAAAAAUUGAUAAAAAGUGAGGCCAGUGCUUUACAAAGGUGACAAAAGUGGUGCAAGUUUUAGAAGAAAGAAGGCUCUUGAAUUUCAGGAAAAAAUAGGAACAAGAUUGAAGAGAUUCCAAGAAAUCAUGUCAAAGGAGGAAAAAUGCAAAAGAGAAAUGUGUAGGAGAUGGAGCUCUCCAAACAGUACAGCUUUUGCAGGCGUCUGUCUUUAGCACUUUCCAGAGGUUUGUUUGAAACCUGUGUCCUAGUUUAGAAGCCAUAUGGUUUAAAGAAAAACAUGCUUGCUCCACUUGGUUGGGAAAGUUUCAAGCUCUGCUCUCACUUCAUUAUGAAUUAUGCAUUCUUGAGAACUCAAUCCAAAACGUGGAUCGUUGAACAUCUUUAUUCCAAAUGAAAUAAUCCCUCAAAUUUUAGGUCCAACCACUUCAAUGCUUUCCCUCAGAACUUGCUGUCACAGAUUACGAGUUUCGAUUUUACCACUGGGUUACCUUCUGCCUGUGUGUAAGUCUUAAGAUAUAUCAGAGCAGCCGUGCUAGAGAGGGGAAUCUGGACAUAGGAAAAGUGUUUUAUAUUAUUACUUUUUAUUGCUGAAUCAUGUAUUAAUCCUUUUUUUAAGUAGUCUUGAACUUCACAUCAGUGGACUGCACAAUGAAUGACAUCUGAUUUUUAAAAAUACUGUCUUUUUCCCUUAAGAGAAUUUAAGUUAGCUUUCAAUAAUGUGUAAAGUGAUUUCAUUGUAUGCCAGAUUCCAUUUUGAAUAUAUAUUCUUCUUGGUGCUAUACUUGGUUCUGUUUAGACUGCUGCCCAACUGUUCUUAUGGGGAAAAAAUACAAUUAAAUCUCCAAAUAGGCUACAACAGAAAUUCAGAAUCUGAAAAAUAUAACAAAUUGUGUUUUGAGAUACGUCUGCACUGUACCAAUAUACAAACAGCUUAAAAAUAAUUGAAACUAUCAAUAUAAUUCAAUUUUGCCAUCCGUUUACAGCACUUAUUCCAAAUUAUAUAGGCCACAGACCAUGUAUUUUGCUCCUGGAAGCUGUUUUAAAACAACUCUGAAAGGCACCAGAUCUUGCUUGAUCUUGGAAGCUAAGCAAAAUCAGCUCUGGUUAGACAAGCAAAUAUGAGAUGUUGUACAUCUCUACAUUUCAGAGAGCCGGUGUGGUGUAGUAGUUUCAUGGACUGGCCAUGUUGUCUGAAUGCCUGAUCACCAUCUCCCAAAGCAGUUACUAUACUUUCAACUCAAGAACAGAAAAUGGAAUGUGUUGUCGAAGGCUUUCAUGGCUGGAAUCACUGGGUUGCUGUGAGUUUUCCGGGCUGUAUGGCCAUGUUCCAGUCGCCUAAAGGCAGAGAAGAGCAGUAUACAAAUAAAGUAAAUAAAUAAAUAAAUUCUCUCCUGACCUUUCGCCUUCAUCUGUGGCAGGCAUCCUCAGAGGUUGUGAGGUAUAUUGGAAACCAGACAAGGGAGCUUUAUGUAUCUGUUGAAGGUCCAGGGUGGGAGAAAGAACUCUUCUUUGUUGGAGGCAAGUGUGAAUCUUGCAAUUAAUCACCUUGAUUAGAAUUGCAAAGCCUUGCAGCUUCAAGGCCUGGCUGAUUCCUGCCUGGGGGAAUCCUUUGUUGGGAGGUAUUAGCUGGCUCUGAUUGUUCAUGUCUCGAAUUCCCCUGUUUUCAGAGUGGUGUUUUUUAUUUACUAUCCUGAUUUUUGAGUUUUUAAAAUACUGGUAGCGAUUUUGUUCAUUUUCAUUGUUUCCUCCUUUUGUUGAAAUUGCAAAGCAAUUAAAAUGGUGGCAUUUUAAUAACAUUUUGUUCCAUCAUUCUAAGAAAAAUAUUCCACAAUGCUGUUGUGAUCUGUUGUUGAGUCAGUCUUGAUUUCUGAUGAUCCUAUGAAUGACAGACAUCCAGUCCUCAACAGCCCUGUUCAGGUCUUUCUGACUGAGGGCAAUGGAGUCCAUCCACGUUUCAUAUGGUCUUUCUCUUUUCCUAUUGCCGUAUACUUUGCCAAGUGUUAUUAUCUGUUCUAGUGAGUCAUAGAAUCAUAGAGUUGGAAGAGACCUCAUGGACCAUCCAGUCCAACCCCCUGUCAAGAAGCAGAAAAAUUGCAUUAAAAGCACCCCCGACAGAUGGCCAUCCAGCCUCUGUUUAAAAGCUCACAUCUUUUUAUGAUAGAUCCAAAGUAUGUGAGUCUCUGUUUAGUAACUUUGGCUUUUAAAAAGAGCUCAGGCCUAAUUUGUUCUUAGGCCCAUUUAUUUAUAUUUGUGUGUGUGUGUUUUACUUUGGCAGUCCAGGGUACCAAGAAAACUUGUUUUCCCUUCCCUUACCCUAUUCAAGGUGGCUCAUGAAACCUAAUAGGACAGGGAAAUGCACAUUUAGCCUAGCUUAAGAGUGGAGAUGGAAUGGAGUGGAGAAAGAAUGCUAUGAGGGGGGAAAGAGCUCAUAUGUGCAAAAAUUAAAACUUGCUGAAAGAUGUAAAUGGAAGAACCUUGCAUCAUAUGGAAGCUGUUGAUUUUUGUUUGUCAAGGAUGACCAGAGAUAGUAGAGACUUUUCCCUUUUCAAUAUCAUGCAAAUCAAUAAAACAAUGCUGAAAGACUGA